CAGCAGGGACUUGCUGAUGGAAAGUGCUGUGAAAAGAGGUUAAUGCAGAGUUGGGGGUGUGGUGAUGUGGGUACCGCCCCUUCUGGCCACCUCGGGUCUCAGGUCUCGGUGGAUGUCUCCCUUCCCCAUCCCUGGCUUCUAGCUUUUCCUUUCUCUCAAUGUCCCCCUUAUCUCCCAUCCCCUGUAUGGCUUUCCUGCUUCCUCCCCAACCCCCGCAGUUCCUCUGCUCCCCCAAAUUGCAGUCAGGGGAAAAAGCCCUAACACAUUCUCCCGCCCCUGCUCCCCAGUCCUAUUGGUUCCCUCCCUCCCUGCAGCACCUGGCACCCCCAGUCACGCGAUUGGCCAGCGGCCUCAUCAAUCCUUGCCUGGCUGUGCUGACGUCAUCCUGCAGUAGCUGGGAUGGGGUGGGAGUGAGAGAGUGAGGACGCUGGGCUCAAGAGGGAAGAGAAGAAGCCACUGCAAGUCCCCCAUCUCAGCCACUGAGACUGGGGUCUGCCAGCGUGUGCUUUAUGGACUAGCGUGGGCAGCAGGCUCCUUUCUGUCACUGCCUGCUGCCCUCCCCUCUGUGGAGAGCCCCGACAUCUCUCCUCUGAGGUGGAAUUAGCAGACUUGAGUCUCCCAGGGGACAGCGAUCGCCUGGCCUGGCCCUGCCCCACACCCACACCAUGACCUUCCUGCUGCUGCCCCUCUUGCUGGCCUUUCUGCUCCCACCCAGCUCUGGGAACAAAGCCAACAAGCACAAGCCAUGGAUCGAGGCGGAGUACCAGGGCAUCGUCAUGGAGAAUGAUAACACUGUCCUACUGAACCCACCGCUUUUUGCCUUGGAUAAGGAUGCCCCCCUGCGCUAUGCAGGUGAGAUCUGUGGCUUCCGGCUCCAUGGAUCUGGGGUGCCGUUUGAGGCUGUGAUCUUGGACAAGGCUACAGGAGAAGGGCUGAUUCGGGCCAAAGAGCCGGUGGACUGUGAGGCCCAGAAGGAGCACACCUUCACCAUCCAAGCCUAUGACUGUGGCGAGGGUCCUGACGGCGCCAACACCAAGAAAUCCCACAAGGCAACAGUGCACGUGCGGGUCAACGACGUGAAUGAGUUUGCCCCAGUGUUUGUGGAGCGUCUGUACCGUGCUGCAGUGACGGAGGGGAAGCUAUAUGAUCGCAUCUUGCGGGUGGAAGCCAUUGAUGGUGACUGCUCCCCCCAGUAUAGCCAGAUCUGCUACUAUGAGAUCCUCACGCCCAACACCCCCUUCCUCAUUGACAAUGAUGGGAACAUUGAGAACACAGAGAAGCUGCAAUAUAGUGGUGAGAAGCUCUACAAGUUUACCGUUACAGCUUAUGACUGUGGGAAGAAGCGGGCAGCAGAUGAUGCUGAGGUGGAGAUCCAGGUGAAGCCCACCUGUAAACCCAGCUGGCAAGGCUGGAACAAAAGGAUUGAAUAUGCACCAGGCGCUGGGAGCUUGGCUUUGUUCCCUGGUAUCCGCCUGGAGACCUGUGAUGAACCACUCUGGAACAUUCAGGCCACCAUAGAGCUGCAGACCAGCCAUGUGGCCAAGGGCUGUGACCGAGACAAUUAUUCAGAGCGGGCACUGCGGAAACUGUGUGGUGCUGCCACUGGGGAGGUAGAUCUCUUGCCUAUGCCAGGCCCCAAUGCCAACUGGACGGCGGGACUCUCGGUGCACUACAGCCAAGACAGCAGCCUUAUCUACUGGUUCAACGGCACCCAAGCUGUGCAGGUGCCCCUGGGUAGCACAGCUGGCCUGGGCUCUGGGCCCCAGGAUGGCCUCAGUGACCACUUUACCCUGUCCUUCUGGAUGAAGCAUGGUAUAACUCCCAACAAGGGCAAGAAAGAAGAGGAAACCAUUGUGUGUAACACAGUCCAGAAUGAGGAUGGCUUCUCUCACUACUCACUGACCGUCCAUGGCUGCAGAAUUGCCUUCCUCUACUGGCCCCUGCUUGAGAGCGCGCGCCCAGUCAAGUUCCUGUGGAAGUUGGAGCAGGUCUGUGACGAUGAGUGGCACCACUACGCUCUGAACCUGGAAUUCCCCACAGUCACUCUCUAUGCUGAUGGCAUCUCCUUCGACCCUGCUCUCAUUCAUGACAAUGGCCUCAUCCACCCACCGCGAAGGGAGCCUGCACUCAUGAUUGGUGCCUGCUGGACUGAGGAGAAGAACAAAGAGAAGGAAAAGGGAGGAGACAACAGCACAGACACCACCCAAGGAGACCCCUUGCCGAUCCACCACUACUUCCAUGGCUACCUGGCUGGUUUCAGCGUGCGCUCAGGUCGCCUGGAGAGCCGCGAGGUCAUCGAGUGCCUCUAUGCAUGUCGGGAGGGGCUGGACUAUAGGGAUUUCGAGAGCCUGGGCAAAGGCAUGAAGGUCCACGUGAACCCCUCGCAGUCCCUGCUCACCCUGGAGGGGGAUGAUGUGGAGACCUUCAACCAUGCCCUGCAGCAUGUGGCUUACAUGAACACUCUGCGCUUUGCCACGCCCGGCGUCAGGCCCCUGCGCCUCACCACUGCUGUCAAAUGCUUCAGCGAAGAAUCCUGUGUCUCCAUCCCUGAAGUGGAGGGCUACGUGGUGGUUCUUCAGCCCGAUGCACCCCAGAUCCUGCUGAGUGGCACCACUCAUUUUGCCCGCCCAGCUGUGGACUUUGAGGGACCUGAGGGGGUCCCUUUGUUCCCUGAUCUUCAAAUCACUUGCUCCAUUUCUCACCAGGUGGAAGCCAAGAAGGACGAGAGUUGGCAGGGCACAGUGACAGACACGCGCAUGUCAGAUGAGAUCGUGCACAACCUGGAUGGCUGUGAAAUUUCCCUGGUGGGGGAUGACCUGGACCCUGAGCGGGAAAGCCUGCUCUUGGACAUGGCAUCUUUGCAGCAGCGAGGGCUGGAGCUCACCAACACGUCAGCCUACCUCACCAUUGCUGGGGUGGAGAGUAUCACUGUGUAUGAAGAGAUCUUGAGGCAGGCUCGUUAUCGGCUACGACAUGGAGCUGCCCUUUACUCCAGGAAAUUCCGUCUCUCCUGCUCAGAAAUGAAUGGCCGCUACUCCAGCAAUGAAUUCAUCGUGGAGGUCAAUGUCCUGCACAGCAUGAACCGGGUUGCCCACCCAAGCCAUGUGCUCAGCUCACAGCAGUUCCUGCACCGUGGUCACCAGCCUCCUCCUGAGAUGGCUGGACACAGCUUGGCCAGCUCCCACCGGAACUCCAUGGUCCCCAGUGCCGCGACCCUCAUCAUUGUGGUGUGUGUGGGCUUCCUGGUGCUCAUGGUCAUCCUGGGCCUCGUGCGUAUCCACUCCCUUCACCGCCGCGUCUCAGGGACUGGCGGGCCCCCAGGGGCCUCCAGUGACCCCAAGGACCCGGAUCUCUUCUGGGAUGACUCUGCUCUCACCAUUAUUGUGAAUCCUAUGGAGUCCUAUCAGAAUCGGCAGGCCUGUGUGGCAGGGGCUGCUGGUGGCCAGCAGGAAGAUGAGGACAGCAGUGACUCAGAGGCAGCUGACUCUCCUAGCAGUGACGAGAGACGCAUCAUCGAGAGCCCACCACACCGCUACUAAGGCCUACAUCCCGGACCAGAGAAAGAGAAAGAAUUCUGCCCUGGUGGAACAGAGAUGCCCAGGAAAGAAAGGAAGAAGGACAUUCUGAGAGAAGAGAGACCAAGAGGGAGAGAGCUCUCUCUAAAAGAGCUGUCCUUUAGUCUCAAAACCCCAGUGGACCCCACUGGAGUCACCCCAACCCUUUCUCCUCCCUCCUGCUCCUCCUGCCUCUGGGCGGUCACUCCCUGUGGCAUCUGGGCUGGAUGACUCUGCCUGUCCUUUCUGCCUCCCAUGGCAGCUGCCCCCUUAGCUCACCAUGUCUUUGUCUCUCCCAACCAGUCAUGCACUGAACUGGGGAGAGGGUGGCAUUAGCCAUGGCUGGGACAGGGCGGGAUUGAGGGAAAUCCUCUACUCUGUCCUUCUCUACUCUAUCCUGUCCAAGGGAUGCCCUCCUCCCCUGGGCUCUGUGGGGGAGGAAGGCCAGGCCUUCUCUGGCUCUCUUCUGAUCCCCUCUUCUAUUUCCAUUUCACUCUGGGGAUCCCUGCUCCUCCCCCUCUCCUGAUUUCCUCCCUUCAUUGUCCUCUUUCCUCCUGCCUUUGCAGUCCUGAGGUCCUGCAGCUCCUGCCCCUUCCUUCAUGACCUGCUUGUGGCUAGGUUGUGGGGAUGGGAGAGAGAGUGAGGGCCCCGGGUGUAUUAUAUAUAAUGUAUAUUUUUUCAAUGUUGUCGUGAGCGCAGCCCCUGUGUUCCUGUGUGCAGCUCACAGCCUUGUGUGUGUGUGGCAUCGUCAUGUCCUGGGGUGAGGGUAGGGGAUGGGUGUGGUGAG